AUGGCACCUCCUCCAUAUCAACUGGCGUUUACACUCCACGGCCAUGCAGCCGACGUGAGGAAUCUAUGCGCCCCUUCACCGGGCUUACCAUUGCUCCUUUCCGCUUCAAGAGACGGUUCAGCAAUCGUAUGGGGACCAUCAAGUAGAUCGAAGGAGUGGGAUGUGAAACUGAGAGUCGAAGGUCCCGAGAAACGGUUUGUUAGCUGUGUAGGUAUGACAAGGUGGAAUGGACAAGCGUUCCUUCUUCUUGGUUCACAAUCCGGUAUACUGGCUUCAUACGUCUUACCUUCGCCGGACGCUCCGCCACCUCCAGAUACCGGCUCAUUGGAAGACCCUUUUCAUACUUUAGUCGAACAUCGUCAAAACCUUUGCUGUCUGGAUACUAGUAAGAAUGGUCUGAUAGCUACUGGAAGUUGGGAUAAAACUGUUAUCGUUUGGAAAGACUUCAAGAAGGUCUUGACUAUUGAAGGCCAUGAACAAGCUAUUUGGGCGGUGAAGUUUGUCGGAGAAGAUAGAUUACUGACAGCUUCUGCCGACAAGAAAAUCAUCUUACAUUCAUUGGACGUCGCUUCUGGUCGAUCAACUCCUUUGCAAACUUACACGGGUCAUACCGAGCCUGUAAGAGGGCUGAGCUUGAAACCUGAUGGAAAAGGAUUCUGGAGUUGCGCCAACGAUGGAAAUGUGAAUAUCUAUUCUUUCGAUAAACCUGCACCUAAGAAGACGUUAUCCGGUCAUACAUCUUUCGUCUAUUCGAUAUCUGCCUUCGCAGAUGGUUCAGGAGCUAUAAGCACAGGUGAAGAUGGUACUUUACGUGUCUGGUCUGAGAAAGAACUGGUACAAACUAUUCCCCACACCUCCAAUUCCCUUUGGUCAUCCGCCAUUGUCCCUUCUGGCUCUUCUUCGCCGUACAUUGCCUCUUCAUCAUCUGAUUCAACGAUACGAUUCUUCACUCGGGAUGAAACCUUAGUAGCUUCUGCUGAAGAUCGAGCGGCAUGGGAUAAGGAAGUCAGUGGGAGACAACUUGACAAAUCUCAGAUCGGGGACGUCAAGCAGUCAGAUCUUCCAGGAAUCGAAGCGCUCGGGAGAGAAGGCAAGAAAGAUGGACAGGUACUCAUGAUCAAGAAUAACGGCGUUGUGGAAGCAUACCAAUGGUCUGGACCCACUUCAACCUGGCAACAGAUCGGUCAGGUUGUGGAUGCCAUUGGUCAAGGACGAAAACAGCUUUAUGAAGGUCAAGAGUACGAUUAUGUCUUUGACGUGGAUGUAGCAGAAGGAGUGCCUCCUCUUAAACUACCUUAUAAUGCAUCCGAAAACCCGUGGAUCGCCGCUCAACGAUUCUUGGACAAGAACGAGUUGCCUUCAACUUACUGUGAACAAGUCGUCGAAUUCAUUCAGAAGAAUACCAACGGAGUCACUCUGGGACAGGGUAACGGCGGCGGGAAUGAUUUCGUGGAUCCGUUUACUGGAGGUUCGCGAUAUACCGGCUCAACCUCAGCGAUUGCUGGGCCAAGCUAUGGUGGGGGUGACCCAUUCACAGGUGGAGGUGCAUAUUCCAGUACGCCUGCUCCCGCCCAACCCAAACGAUCAAACGGUAUCCUACCUGUCAAGACAUACCUUUCGUUCAAGCAAAUGAACAUCACUGCUGCAAAAAGUAAGAUCGCUCAAUUGAAUGAGGAGAUCAAGUCGUCUCAUCCCGAAUUAGCGUUCACCGACGAAGAAGAGAAAACGCUCAACGAGAUCUACGCUUUACUCUCCUCACCUACAAUCGCAUUACCUGAUGUCAAUUCUAAAGAUGCCAAAGAACGUUACGAACCGCAGGUACUCUUGAAUCUCUUGGGCAAAUGGUGGGAGGAUAAACGGUUCCCUCUCAUCGACCUGGCACGAUGUUUAGCUCCGAUCUCACCAGCGUUCGGAGCUACCUCAUUGGCUCCUCAAGCGUUCAUCGAAUCUUGUGGACUCAAUACACCCUGGUCACCAGGAAAAGCAAGGGAGACAAACACCUUGCUAUCAUUGAGAGGUAUCGCCAAUCUGUUUUCGACAGCCAAUGGAAGAUCCACCAUCGCCCAGACUGGAACAGUAGAUAGUAUAUUGAGUGUAUUGAAGGACGUUCAAUGGAGUAAUUGGGGAACUAGGAAAGUUGUAGUCUCCACAAUUGCUUUGAAUUAUUCAAUCUUAGCUGUAGAUGGUACAUUCCCUUCCGAUAAAGCUGAAUCUCUACUAAAUCUUAUUAUCCAUAUAUUGGAGAACGAAAAAGAAGACCCUGAAACUGUUUACAGAGCUUCAGUUGCUUUAGGUAAUCUUAUCGUCUCGCCUCUCUCGGGAGGAUUGAAAGUUGGUGGUAUUUCAAAAGGUAAACAGUUGAUCAAAGAUAUAGCAUCCUCGAAAGGUGAAAAGAGAUUAAAGGAUUUAUCAAGCGAGGCCGAAGAAUUAGGCGUAUAA